GCUUUUAUUCUCUUUAUAUUAAAAAAAAAUAAAAAUCUCCGACUAUAUAUAGAUUAUAAAAAACUUAAUAAGAUUUUAGUUAAGAAUUAUUACUUUUUAUUUUUAAUUUUAAAAAUUUUAGAUAAAAUUAUAAGAGCCAAAUAUUUCUUAAAACUAGAUAUUUAA